CCAGAAAAAGGGAGAGGAGGAUGGUUGCGCUCUUCGCGCUAUCUCUGCGCCCUCUCCGCUUCAUCCGCAGCGGCAUAGGUGUUCUCCGGCGGCAUUCCGUCGCGUUGCGCUGCUGACUCGCUCGUUUGCUUGCGGACAGACCUGCGGUUACCGUCUACGAUGGCAGGACAAGCGCCAGUCAAAGUGCACGUUGAGUACUGUGGUGGAUGAGGCUACGCUCCUCGUUAUGAGGACCUCAAGAGGAGGAUCCUCGCACAAGUACCAAGUGCCGAUGUGACAGGCAAUAAAGGACGUACUAGGUCCUUUGAAGUCAAGAUCAAUGACGAGUUGGUCUUUUCCAAGCUCGACAAGGGCUCCUUCCCUGACUUUGGGGAGGUUGUCACACGAGUUCUGGAAGUCAGCCAAGGGAAGCCUGUGCAGCCAAUCACCGGCUUGCAGAAGUCAUAAUCAGGCUACUGAAUGAGCACUGACAGCAGUCUCUGCUAAGUGAACUCUCAUACACUAUGCGAUUCAGAUGUGAAAUGGAGCACAGUUCUGUGGCAAGGUCUGGUUAAAAUGCGGUCAUGCGAGACUGGUAUGUUUUGUACAUGCAAUAAGAACAUUGCUCCUCCAAGUUUACAAUGACCUUCAAUUGCAGAAGUGUGUCCCAUUUCACAAUUGGCUCGCCUAGUGUGUGGGUGUGCACGAGACAGAAGAAGCGGUUGUCAAGUGGCCCUUGCUGAACAUUUGCUCUGCUGGUUGAUCGUGCGACUGGCGUCUUGGACGGCAGGUGCGGGUUUCGGAAGGCGCACCGUAUGAUGGCUAGGCCUCAAAUCCCACAAAAAGGGCCAUGCUUGAAGAUUUAGCGCGUCCCUACCUGCGGCUGUUUGCUCUCACGAUGUCAUGCCUGUAUGGUCCUGGCAGUAGUAAAUUGAUUUUAUUUUCAGUCA